AUUGGAGAGAGUGGCUGUCGUGGUUGAGCGCGCGCGAACAUCCCUUACAGCCUUAGCCCAUGCCGAGCUCCGGGCCUAGCUGUGUAUAUGUAUAUACAUAAAGAUGGAGGCGACUGCGAGACGUCACAAGAAGAGCCGCAAUGGAUGCAUCCAGUGCAAGAAGCGCCGAGUCAAGUGCGACGAGCAACGGCCCUGCAAUCACUGCGCCCGGCACGGCGUCGAGUGCAGCCUGACUUUGCCCGACGCGCCGGCACCACCGCACCAGCAGCAAUCGUCGUCGUCGGCCUCGAGGGACUCGCGCAGCCCUAUCGUCCCCGUGACGCAGCCCGGGAGCGUAAGUCCGCUCACUCGUCCCUGGGCCUGGCAGCCGCCCGGUAGCGCGCCCCAGCACGACUACGACUCGCGAUGGCCCUCCAUCACCUCGCUGCCCUCGAGCACCGAGCACUCGUCGGAGCGCUCCAGCAGACAUGAGACGCCCGUGACCACCUGGAUUGCCAACCACACGGCCGGGCCCCAGGACCACAAUCCCUUUGACAUGCUCUCCAAGACCAUCAUCGAGCGCGACAUCACGUCCCGCUUCGUCGAGCAUGUCCCCGUCACUGACUGGCACCGCGACCUGGAGCUGCUGCACCACUACUCGACCUACACCUACCAGACCCUCUCGGAGCUGGACGCCCUGCGCGACGUCUACCAGAACGUCUACGGCCACAUUGGCUACAAGAGCAAGCCCGUCAUGCACGGCAUCCUGGGCGUCGCGGCCCUGCACCUGGCCCAUCUGCGGCCCGACGCGCGAGCAAAGUACCUGGUCAUCUCGACCAACCACCAGAACCGCGCCAUCAGCGAGUUCCGCCUGGCGCUGCCCAAAAUCACGGCCGAGAACUGCGACGAAAUCUACACGCUGUCGUCGCUGACGACCAUCCUGCGCUGCGCCAACCUGCCCCUCCCGUCGGACCCGAACCAGCCCUCGCCCGUCGACGACACGGUCGAGACGUUCAUGCUGAUGCGCGGCGUGCACGAGGUGCUGCGCAGCGCGUGGUCGUGGAUUGCGGCGGGCCCGCUGCUGCCUGCGCUGGUGCCUGGGCGCGGCGGCCCCCAACUCCCCUUCAACACGACCGAGUGCCUCGCGCUCGACGACUUUGGGCUGCAGCCGCGCAUCGACGCGCUCUGGCCCGUCGCGCAGCACGAGAGCUUCGAGCCCGCUAUCCGCAAGACACUCGAGUACACCAUCGCCGACCUGACCAUCUGCAUGCACCGCAUCCUGACACAGCCGCACGACCGCGAGCCCGGCCUCGUCCUCAUCUGGCCCAUUCGCAUCAGCCCCGAGUGCAUCUUCUUGAUCCGCCAGCACCAUCCGGGCGCCCUCGUCAUGCUUGCCCACUGGUGCAUCAUCUUGCACAACCACUCCAAUUUCUGGUGGCUCGGCGACCGUGGCCGCCGCGUCGUCCACUCCAUCUGGGACACGAUUGAUCCCAUGUGGCACGACGCGCUGGCAUGGCCGAUGCAGUACGUCAACGAUGACGCCAAUUCCGGAAAACUGACGAUAAUAUGAGGCCCGGCGGGCGAGAGCUGUCACGACUGGCCUGGCACUCUACCGCCCCGCGGCAUUCACCACGACUGCCGCUUAGCGCGCGCUCUUUUGCGCUGCUGCUCCCGGGCCCACCA